AGGCGCGAAAAGGCGCGAAAGUGGCUGAGCUUUUCCUAUUGGCUGGCGAGGAGCAAGUGCGCACGUGAUCAACACGUAUAUACAUCAACGAACGCGUCUUCGCCUACGGGCGUGGCAGUAGCCACGAGCCAUGUGCAGGAAGUACUGUGCAACAAUUAUAGCUUUAAUCGGUCUCAUUAGCACGGACAGGCGCCGUGCGAAACGCGAUAUACGAGCGUGUUCGAAAGCAAUCACGAUAUCAUACCUGAACUACGCGCGUAUAUCGUACUACUAUUUAGAUGUUAUGAAGAAAUACGAUCGAACGGAACCAAAAAAAAGUCACGUCCACAUUAAAUCUGGGUUCAUCCACGCACGCGCAUUACCCCGGGUCGAUCCACUAAAUAGUCAAAAAGUUCGUCCAAGCGUUUAGGUGGGUUCGGCACCGCGGAGCAUGUUGCAACUCCGAGGGUAGUGGAGGAACUUACGCGCAUUGACCUCGCGGUCGAC